CUUUCUCCCAGUGACAAUUUGCGAAUGACCAAUAUCUCAUCAAUUCGGUAAAUCGAAGUUAAUUUUCUUCCACUAAGUUGAAAUUUUGAUAUCAAGACAAGGCAUUUUCAACAGAAACCUGCCACUUGACGCCACCUAAAGAAAACGAACGUUUCAAUCAAAAGUAUUGUCUCUACGAGAGUGGCAAAUGGGUCGAGUGUUUUUUUUUUUAAUUUUUGCAGGCCACUGCUAUAUAAUAAUAGCAGAAGACCACAACCUAAUGAGAAAGAAAGUUAUCGUUGACUACAUUUGUACUCUUGUCGGUAUUGAAACAAGUCAACAAAGAUCAUAAUCAUUUAAGAUUAUCAUUGUCCUAUUAAUAAAUGAUGUGAUGUGUAUUGAGCAUGGUACCUUCUUUCUCCCCUAUUUUUGUUGAUAGCAACCUCAAAGUGGGACUCUGAAGUUUGAAGCAAAUAUGGGAAAGGCAAGCAAGUGGAUCAGAAACUUUUUGAUAGGAAAAAAAGAUGAGAAAAAAAAGAAUGAUUAUUCAUCUCAUUCUACAGAGUAUCAAUUAGCCAAUAUUGGGAGCAAACCAGGAACUCCAAAGGUUAAACGGAGGUGGAGCUUCGGGAAGUCAGCAGGCAAAGGAGUAAGUCACAAGUUUUCGAGGUCAUUGGACUCAAUUGAAGCUAUUAAACUCCCAGUUCAUGUUCCUGCAGAAGAAUCUGGGGCUCAGCAGAAUCAUGCUAAGGCUUUGGUGGUGAUUCAAGAACAUAUUGAAAAUGAUUCCGCCACUAAGAUUCAGGCUGCUUUUCGCUCUUAUCUGGCAAAGAAAGCCUUACAUGCGUUGAGGGGUCUAGUGAAGUUACAAGCACUUGUAAGGGGUCACAUUGUAAGAAAAAGAACAGCUUCUACUUUGAUGCGCAUGCAUGCUUUGAUGUCAAUCCAAGUGAGAGCUCGAGUUCAGAGAGUUCAAAUGGCAGAGGAAGCAGAGCUUGUUGUUAGAAGUAAAUUACACAAUGAUAUUUCUGAGGACUACAGAGUACGUCAAACUAGACUCGUUUCAAAAAGCUCAAGUGAUUAUCUGAACCAUGCACAAAUUGAGGCCCUUAAUUCUGGACGACUUUCAAUUUCGAAACGACAUCAGUAUGAGGAAUGUAGCUUCAGCACAGCAGAGAAUAGCCCUCGAAAUUACUCGGCAAUGUCCCAAAGAAGUCCGGUGAUAGCCUCUUCUCCCCGUCAACUGCCUAAUUUUUCAGAACUCAUGUCUUAUGGCUAUCCAAACUACAUGACCAACACGAAAUCUUCAAGGGCUAAAGUCAGAUCUCAGAGUGAACCAAGGCAAAGGCCAAAGUUUAGUACGAAGCAAAAGAACAAGCAGACAGAAACAGAAAUGGCUGAUGGAAUGUAUGACCGUGAAGAUUAUCAACUAAUGAAACGCUCAUCUUCACAGUGUAAAUUCGAUAGCGAAGAAAACAACCCUGAUUCCUGGUUUAUUAAACUCUACCGCACAAAAAAAUCAUCUAAAAGCAAAUUUGAUUCUAUUAACACAAAAAAGAGUCACUCCAACAACUAUUACGAUCGUUUUGCCGAAUAUGAGCCCAAUUAUAAUUUGUUCUAAUUUAAGAAUUCAAGUUGCUAGAGCUCGAUUAAAACUCAGCAAGGAAUAAUUGCAGGAGACUUCUGGUGAAGAUAACUGAUCAUUAAUUGCAUUUAAUCAAGAUGAAUGGGUUUAAUAUCAGUGCUGUAUAUUCAUUUGGAAAUUUAGAACUGUUUCCUUUCAAUAAUAGUGUUUCUGUGUAUGAAAUUUCCCCUAGUUGAAAACAAUCAAUACCGUAUAGUUAUGAGCUCAAGUCUGAUUUCUGAAAGAAUGUAAUUCCCGAAACUGAAAACUCAAUAGAAAAGAAAGGAAGGAGAGCAAUACUACAUGAUUACAUCUCCACUGAAUA